AUGGUUCGCACACAUCGUCGACGCCCGUCUAAUUGCGCUGAAGACGAAGAGAACAUGCAGAAAACGCCUAGUAAAGGCUUUUACGGGCUACCUUAUGUCAGCGAGAGUGGACGGCCUGAUUGGUCGCUAAUGCAGCGAAUGGCGGUUGGUCACUGUCAAAGGCUGAAUCGAGAUGAAGGCUUUCUAUUCUUUGAUCCAGCCGCUCCAGGAUCGCCGUAUUGGGGCUCAAGGACUACUCACGCCUAUAAUGUACUAGUGAAAUUGAUUAAGUCAGAAUAUUCGAAGCAUGGCUUUUGCGAGGCUGUCACUCCAAACAUGUACUCUGAUUCGUUAUGGGAGCCACAUGGACGUUGGCAGCACUUUUCACAAGAGAUUUCCAGGAUUGCGAUGACGAGAGGCGACAUGCUCACUGCGAGCUGUUCAGGCCACUGCCUUUUCUAUGGCCACACAACUCCCUCGUUCACGGAACUACCGAUUCGACACUCGGAUUUCGGUGUUGUUCACAGGAGCAAUGGAGUGUCGAACCCACUACGUCAACCGUACGACAGCAUCGACUUUUUAUCAUUUUUCUACGGAAAAGUCAUGAAAUUCAAUAUUGAGGCAGAGCUGUCAACAAGAUCUCAUGAUUGCUGCUUAGGAGACCUAUGGGAGACAACCGAAAAAGUACUAAAAGAUGAGUUUCAAAAAAGAGGUAGAUCCACAGGAAUCAGAGAAGGAGCAGCACCGUUCUAUGGUCCAAGACUUGACCUCACUUUUCGUGAGCCCAACGGUCGUUAUCACAUCUAUGGCUCCAUUCAGUUGGACUUCGAGCUACCGGAACGAUUCGAUCUGGGUUAUAUUGGAGAGGAUGGUAAGCGGCACCGACCAGUGCUGAUUCAUCGUGCCAUCGUACCACCAGCAGAGACAAUUUUGGCUAUUAUUGCUACCGAAUGUGGAGAAUGCUGGCCAUUCUGGUUAUCGCUUCACCAGGUGAACGUGAUUCCAGUAUGCGCCGUGUCAGUCCCAUACGCCCGGAAAGUGGCAAAAGAAUUCACUGAUGCAAACUAUGAGGCUAAUCGGCGAUAUACACAACUCGAAGAAGUGCUGUGCGGUUUCCGGAAGCGUGUUGAGGAAGAAUACGCAGCAGCCCGAUCGAGUGUAAUCGAGGCAUUCUGGCGUCUCUGUGGCCAGAGCGACUCGCGGUUUCCCUAA